AUGAGUUACGCGUGCGGGAAAGCAUCAGCCUCUGGCUGGGCCAGAGCAGAGAAGGGCUCCCAGCUUAGUCAGCUGCCCCAUUUCCAGUUCAAGGAGAUAAUGAAGAGGUGCAAACGCCAGCUAGAACAGGAAAGGCUGGGCCCGGGAACGUACAACAUCAGGGACUUUCUGCAGGAGACACAGCCCUCCAGCCUCCGGGGGUUCUGCGACACGAGGGAGCAGUGGUUCAGAGAUGCCCACAGGUACUGCUUCCCCAGCCCUGGCAUGUACGGCCCCCGGGGGAACCCCUACGCCUGCCUCGAGGACAUGGACACGCACUCUGCCAGCACGCGAGGGCUGAUGGACAGCAGGACGGCAAAGUGUGCCCUGCUGGCAGCCGUGGGCAGCGGCCUGGGACCCGGCACCUACCACCUGCGGAGCAGCAUCGAUGAGGGGCUGCGGCGGGCGGGUGGCCCUGGACCCUGCCAGCUCUUCUUGGGGAACAGGUCGAAGCCCACUGGUGGUGGCCAUCAUGCUUUGGAGAGGAGAGGCACCGAGCUGAGCACUGGCACUGUCAAGGGUUUCCUGGAUGAGCUGACGUUGAAGGACAAGAAAGGCUGCUUCAGCACUCUACUGAGGAACCUGGGCUGCCUCAUGGAGAGGAUCUUCUGGGCCACGCUCAGCCAGUGCCCGAGGGAGGCGUAUGUGGUGGGGCCGGGCUUCUACAACCCAAAGCCCGUUGAGAGAUCAACGUACUCCAGCCAACCCCCAUUCUAGUCAUCUGCCAAGAGAUUCCACAGAAAGUCCUACCGCCUCUUUACUGGGAACGAGCAGCAUCAGCAGCACGUCGCAGAGCCAGUGCAGAACCCUCUAGGUGUUGGUCGCUACAACAUCACCAAGCAUGAAAAAUACCCUCAGAAGAUGAGCUGCCAGUCCCUGUACCAGCGUGAUGCGCAGCAGUACCUGAGCAACUUGAAGCAGGGUGCCGACUUGCUCGAGCGGCUCAAGCCAGUUGCUAAAAACAACUGGAGUGAUUUGAUUUCUGCUCCACGUUGUCCAGGUACCUCUGAAGAAACCACUGCUGUUUUCCAAACAUAA